GUUUUCUCCAGCGCCCCAGCGCGAGCGGACAUUUUUGGCUUCUCCCGCCAUGGAGCUGAGAUAAUGCACGGGGGAUACCCCAGACUCCCCUCUGCGGCCUUCCCGCGGGCGAGCAACAGUCUGUAUGAGCAAAACUAUGGCACGCCGCACGGGAACAAUGUCACCUUCCCCCGGCUAGCGCCUUCGCCCACCGUGUCGCCACCGGCGGCUCAGUCCUCGCCCUUCUUCGGCGUCCAGGCUGGCCAGGGCCAGAGCGUGCGGGCCACGCAACCGGACCCCCAAGCCACGCUGCUGCAAGAGCUGGGCUUGGCCUAUAGCGGCCUGGAAGGCUUCGAUGAGGCCGCCUCGGUGGGCCAGGCGCAGCUGGGGGCGCAGAUGCAGAGCCAGCUGAAGCACCUGCUGGAUACGGCUGACACCCCGCGCCCUUUGGGGAGCCCUAUGGCACAGGGGUUCUCACCGCAGGCGUGGGGCGCCAGCAGCCCCAAGGCGAAGGCCGCCUCCACCAAGCCCUCGGAGCUGCGGCAGCCGGGGCCGGAGUACCGGGGCCCGCAGCUGGAGCCGCCGGACACGCCCAUGACCUUGGACUUCGUCAUGGGGCUGGUCCGUCACUUCCAGCACCACAAGACGACGCCGCUGCCCGCGCGGUAUUUGUGCAGGCUCCUCGAUGACGCGGAGCGGAUCUUGGAAGCUCGGGACAAAGAUGGCCCGGUGCACCAGCUCAGUUUGUCAACCCGACGCACGAGACCCAACGAGCCCGAUUCCUUGGUCAUCGUUGGGGACCUCCAUGGGCAGCUUGCAGACCUGCUCUGGAUCUUUUUCAAGGUGGGCGUGCCCUCUCCCAGCAACCGCUACUUGGUGAACGGAGACGUCUGCGACCGCGGGGAAAACGCCACGGAGAUCUGGGCCUUGCUGUUCGCCUUCAUGGCGCUUUGGCCCGACUCCAUCCACGUCCACCGUGGCAACCACGAGGACAGGCUUCUGAACAUGGACUAUCACUGCGGCGGCUUCUAUGACGAGGUGUUGAGGAAGUACGGACGCCAUGGAAUCGGCCCAAUGAUUUACGAGAAGUUUGGGCGGAUCUUCGCACGGCUCCCGUUGGCCUCGGUGAUCGACAACCAGAUCUUCGUGGUGCAUGGGGGCCUCUCCCGCGGCGCGCCCGGCAGCUUCCUGCGGCUGCUGCGGGCCAAUAGAACCCGGACCGCGGAGAUCCCCUCGGCCUCCGCGGGGGCGUCGGCGGUGGACUUGGCCUUCAUCGACGCCAUGUGGGCGGAUCCCCAGGACUACCCCGGCUCGACCCAGAACCCCCGGGGCCCGGGCCUCUCCGCGUUUGGCCCGGAUGUCACGGAGCGGUUCCUGCAAGAGACGGGCUAUGCCCUGGUGGUGCGUUCCCAUCAGGUGCCUCCCAACAACGAUGGCUUUUUCGUCCAUCACAACAGAAAGCUGUUCACCGUCUUCAGCGCCUCCAACUACUGCGGCCUAACAGGCAACCAGGGGGCCGUGCUGGUUCUGAAGAAGGAUAGCAGCAUCGAGGCGGUGCGGCACAUGGCGCCCCCCUUCGAGCGGCUCAAGGAGGUGGUCAUCGAGGCGCCA